UAAAAAACCAACGAACAGCAACAAGCUAAAACAAAAAAAACAAAAUCUAAAGAAGAGGAGGAGGAGGAAAAAGCCAGGCGAGGAUGCAAGCCUAGGCCGGAUCCGCACAAGGAGAAGCAGUAGUGUUUAAGCAGUUCAAGCAUCAGCACGCACGGCCACAUGAGCAGCACACGCAGCCGCAGCCCAAGCAGUAGAAGCAGCAGAAGCAGCAGCAGCAGAAGACACAACAGCAACAGCACGAGCACGAGCGAUACGCCGUUGACUUAUGUAGCGGUACAUGGCGAGCAUCAAAAGUGAAAUGCCGCCACUGCAUGCGGCAGAGGCUCUGGCCUCAAGCAGCGCCACAGACAGCGGCGGCGGAGGAGGAGGAGGAACAGCAGCUGGCAGCGGCGGCAGCGGCGGCAGUGGUGGGACAGGAGCAGCCGGCGGCGGUAUUAACAGUGCCCCGGCCACCCCAAAUGCCACAAUAAGCGCCGCAGCCGAUUCCAGUGAUAACCAGCCCGGCACACCGCAGCCACCCCAGCAGCAGCAGCAGCAGCCGCAACAACAACAGCAGCAGCAGCAGCCACAGCAGCAGCAACAAACGCAGCAGCAGAGCAUGGCCACGGAUCCACAGGUAACGGGCAUUACCCACCAGCCCUAUGCCACCCAUCACAUGUACUCCGCCAGCGGCCAGCCCCAGCAGCAGCAACAACAACAACAGCAGCAGCAGCUGUAGCAGCAGCUGUACGGCGGCAUCUACGGCGGAGAAAUGCAGCAGCAAAGUUACACCAGCAGCUACAUCAACAGCUACGAGCAGUUCUACCAGCAGCAGCAACAACAGCAGCAGCAGCAAAGCAGCGACUAUAGCUUUGGCGGUGGUCUGGUGGGCGGCGGGGACUUCAGCAAGCAUGCGGCACAGAGCUCAGGGGUGCGGUACCAUCCGUACCUGCAGACGCCGACAUCGGCGCUACCCAGCGCCGCGGAGGAGGCGGUGAGUGCUCCCAGUGCUGUGAGUACCACCACAUCGGCGAUGAGUCCGCGUGUCGUCAGCAGCAGCAGUCCCACAUCGACCUCAUCGCACCUCCAGCUGGGCGGAGGACCACCCGGUUCUCCCAGCGGAGCCGGCGGCGGAGGGGGCUGCAAGUUGCAGUGCAAGAAGUGCGGCAUUCUCACCACCAACGAACAGGAGCUGCAGGAGCACAUCGCCAAUGUGCACGGAGAGUCGCCGUACGGGAGCAGCGGGUACGCCAGUUCGCCGUACAUCAAGGAGGAGAUGCCCACCCCUCAGCCACCGGGCGGCUCCAAUCCCGGAGAGCUGCUCGACCUCGACUCGCAAAAGAUGGUCUACCACCAGCAGUUGCUUCAGCAACAGCAGCAGCACCAGCAACAGCAGCACCAGCACGAGGCUGUCGUCGCCGGCCUGCCUCUGUCGCUGCCCGAUCCCCUGCACUCCAUGCAGUCCAUGCAGCAGCGCGCCCUACACAGCUGGGAGCAGCCGCAGACGGGAGUCGGAGUCGGAGUCGAGGGCCUGCCGCCCUACAUGCAACAGCAGCCGGGUCUCGGCCUUGGCGUUGGCCUCGGUCUGGGCGUCGGCGUCGGCGUCGGCGUAGAGAAGUCGCCGUACUACUCGCCCAAGCAGUCGCCCUACCACCAGGCGGGCGGAGGAGUCGGCGUUGGAGCUACACUCAUCAAGCAGGAGUACGGCGGCCACGGGCUGAUCAAGUCCGAGUAUCCCGACUCGCAGCACUACGUGGACAAGUCGUUCGAUCCGACGGCUGGCAGUGGUGGAGGAGUCGAUCUGUGCGCCAAUGUGGCCACCAGUCCGGCCGAGUUCCCCAGCACUACGACGGGCGGACCGGGCCAGGAUGGGGCCCCGCCAGCGGUGGCCGGGGGCCAACAGGCCGCCUACCGUGGCUUCGAGCCGCCCAGCUCAAGCUCCGUGCUGCCGGCCAACAGCCUCACGGCCAAGGCGGCCACCUGGAAGUCGAAUGAGGCGCGCAGGCCCAAGACAUACAACUGCACGGCCUGCAACAAGUGGUUCACCAGCUCGGGACACCUCAAGCGUCACUACAACACAACGCUGCACAAGAACGCGGUCAAGUCGAGCGGCCAGCCGGAUCCAGCCACGCUGCCCAUUUCGGCGCACCAUCAUCCGUCGCGCGAUCCCGUAACCAAGCCAAGUCGUCGCGGGAAUGCCGCCGCUGCAGCUGCGGCCGCUGCAGCAGCUGCCGCGGCCGCUUCGGCGGUGCCGCAAGUACAACCACCACCGCCGGCGAAUGUGCAACCACCGGAGCCGCCUAGAAGUCCGCCCGAUUAUGGCGGUGGAGGCGGGGUGGGAGCGGUGGGUGGCGCUGCCAUGUCCCAGUACUCGGCCUCGCCAUCGCCCACCACGCAGCAGCAGCACCAUCAACACCAGCUCCAGCAGCAGCAGCAGCAGCAGGCCAACGGGAACGGGUAUCCGGGUAACGGCGGCGCCAAUGGCUACGGCUACGGCAUGCAGCAACAAGUGCAAUCCACGACAAACGCUUCACCACAGCACGCUUCCAGCCAUCAGCAGCAGCAUCCGCAUUCGCAUUCGCAGCAGCAGCAUCUUCAACAGCAGCAGCAGCAACAACAGCAGCAGCAUAGCAGCAGCAACAACAACAACUCCGUUUUGAACGGUCACCCAAACGGGCUAGCAGGUCCCUCCGCCCCACUCAACACCAACAACAACAACAUCACACAAAUGCCGUCCUCCCAAAUGAGGGGCCUGCUGAACGAAACAACAACAACCACCACCCCCAAAACCACCCCAACAACAACAACAACAGCCACAAUGCCAAUGGAAACGGAAGCAAUGGCAGCUAUAAAGAUCGAGCAUCUGGAGGACAGCAACCACACACACAACAGCCACAACAGCCGCAGCAGCAGCUUAAUGGCCAUGGAGGAGGAGCAGGAUCAGGAGCGGGAGCGGGCAGUAGAUCACCUACAGCAGCAGCAGCAGCAGCAGCUGGAGCAGCAGGAACAACAGCAGCAGGUCAGCUAUCUGCUGGCAUCGGCGGCAUCCCGUCCCUACAGCUCCAACAGCAACAGCAGCAACACGCCCAACACGGCGGUCAGCAGCAGCAGCAACACCAGCAACACCAGCAGCACCAGCAGCAGCAGCAGCAACAACAACAGACUCUCGCCCCUUACUAUCUACCAUCUUCAGCAGCAGCCGCCGCUGCGGCAGGAGCAGCAGCAGCAGCAGGCAAUGGAUUUCUCGCGCACCACCCCGCCGCCGCAGCUGCUGCCGCCUAUGGGAAUGGGCCAGCCGCAGCAGUCGCUGCUGCCGCCUAUGGGAAUGGACUACAACAUGCUGGCUUUGGAUAUGCCCAUGCCCAUGCACAUGCCCAUGCCCAGCAGUAUGCUGCAGUGCAGCAGCACCAGCACCACGCCGCUAGCUACUAUCACCACCACCAGUAUGGACACUAUGCAGCAGCAGCCGCAGCAGCUGGUGCACCACUACCAGGCGCUGCUCCACCCCCACCACCAACAUCAGCAGCAGCAGCAGCAGUUGGAGGAGCAGCAGCAGCAGGAGGAGGAACAACAACAGCAGCAGGAGGAGGAGCAUCAUCACCAGCACCUACAGCAGCAGCAGCAGCAGCAGGAUCCGGGGGCACUAAUCCUAUCUCCGGACAAUAUGCCACACAGCAGCAGUUCGCCGGGCACCAGCAGCUCUCCGCCGCCGCAGCAGCUGCAGCAGCAGCACACGCACACCACCCUCACCAUGCCCAUGCCCAUGCCGCCCACCAUGCACAUGCCCAUCACCACCACAGCGCCGCAGCUGCUGCCGCUGCAGCUGCAGCCGCCGCCGCCGCACAUCACCAACACCAUGCCCAUGCCGCCCACCAUGCACAUGCCCAUCAUGCCGCCGCCGCCGCCAUGCUACCAGCAGCUGCAGCCGCUGGAUCCCACAACGAGCUAUCACACUAUUAUUGGUAGUUCCGUCGCCGAGUCCGGCUACACCACGAACGGGCAUCACAAUCCCCACGCCCAUGCCCACGCCCACCCCCACCAGAUCACGACCAGCGACGGCCAGGUCCUGCAGCUGAUGCCCGCCUCCCUGUUCGCCCCCUAUGCCCCGCUCUCGCCCUACUCGACGGUGGCGGCCCAGCGAUCGCCACAGGAGGGGGACCUGCCGCCGGUGCACACCCUGACGACGGCCCUCCAGGCCCACGCCCAGGCACAGCAAGAGCAGGCGCACACGCCCACGCUUACGGUGCUCAGCACCCCCUACUCGCCCACGGUGAGCAGUUCGCGGGCCACGCCCGCCCUGGAGAUGGACAUGGCCACACUGCUGCAGCAGCAACAACAGCAGCAGGACUACGAACUGGAGCAGUACCAGCACCAGAUUCAGCAGCAUCAGAUGGACCAGCUGCAUCACCACCAACAGAUGGAGCAGCAGCAGGCCCUGGAACAACAGCAGCAGCAGCAUCAGCAACAGCAACAGCAACAUCAACAGCAGAUGCAACUGGUGGAGAUGGAACAGCAGCAACAGCCGCCGACACAAACGGUGGCACAGUCGGUGCCGAAAAAGCGAAGAGGAACGGCCGCCGCCACACCAUCCACAACGAAGCGGCGACGCAACAGCAGCGUGAGAUCGACAUCGCCGCACUCGACAACGCUGCCAUCCGGGCGGAUCAAGUGUCUGGAGUGCGACAAGGAGUUCACCAAGAACUGCUACCUCACGCAGCACAACAAGAGCUUCCACUCCGGUGAGUACCCCUUCCGCUGCCAGAAGUGCGGCAAGCGCUUCCAGAGCGAGGACGUUUACACUACACACCUGGGCCGGCACCGCACCCAGGACAAGCCGCACAAGUGCGAGCUCUGUCCGAAGCAGUUCCAUCACAAGACAGAUCUGCGGCGCCACGUGGAGGCCAUACACACGGGCCUCAAGCAGCACAUGUGCGACAUUUGCGAGAAGGGCUUCUGUCGCAAAGAUCACCUGCGCAAGCAUCUCGAGACCCACAAUCGACCCCGGGUUGUGGGCAAGAAAUCUGCUGCUGCCGCCGCAGCCGCCGCUGUUGUGGCAGCCGCUGCAGCAGCAACAGCAGCCUCGCAGUCUCAGCAGCAGCAGCAACAGUUGGUGACUACCGUUCUAUCCACCCUUCCCGCCUCUGACACGCCCACGGCCAUCAAUCCCAUUAAGGCGGCCUUUGCCCGCUCCCUAACGGUGACGGCCGUGUCCGCAUUGUCGCCCCGCACCACGCCCACCUCCAAUCCGCAUCUGAAUGCCAGUCUCAGUCUCAAUCUGAAGCGAUCCAUCGACGAUGUGGCCGCCGACGAUGACAGCCUGCUGGAGGACGAUGAGGAUGAGGAGGAGGGGGAGGAGGAGCUGCUGCUGGACGAGGCUGAGGAGGAUCAGAUGGUAGAGCAAAUGGAGGCGCAGCAAAUCCUGUUGGUCACUGCUGCCGCAGGGGACAGUCACCAUCUGCUGAUCAAGGACGAGUUUCCCGAGGAGGAGUACGAGUUGAUUGAGAAAGAUAUUGAAUUGUAUUGAAAGGUCAGGAUCAAAGAUCAGGGAUCAGGCAUCAGGGACUAGGAUCAGAUCGGAUUUGUGGGUUUAGUAAGUUGUUAAAUGCUCUGAGCUUUGUGGCAAACAAAGAGAGAGAGACAGUUUGAGCCGCACUGCAGUUUGAGGGCUAGCCUAGCGAAUGCAGUCCACUCCCCCUACAGCUGCACUGCAGUCCAAGCAAGCAGUACACGGACGACCUACAGUUUUGGUGCCACUGCACAAUUUCAAAUUUUAACAUGAUUUUGUGCUUAAAAUGUCAUUUAAUACGCGCACUGAUAUGGUUUGAUCAUUAAGAAAACACAUUUUAUUGCCUGGCAGGCAAUAAUUUGCUGUUUUUAAAUGUAUAAUUUAUUUAAAUUUUGUUUUUGAUCACCAAAGCCGCAGCAUUUCAAUGAC